AUGCGUGGCCAAGGAUAUGAUGGUGCUAGUAAUAUGCGGGGUGAAUUUAAUGGUUUACAAGCUUUGUUUCGUCAAGAGUGUCCAUAUGCAUAUUAUGUGCAUUGCUUUGCUCAUCGGUUACAAUUGACUUUAAAUGCUGCAGCUAAAGGGGUGCAUGAUAUUUGGGAGUUCUUUUCAACUCUAAAUUUGAUUGUAAAUUUUGUUGAUUCUUCUGCAAAACGACAUUCAGCAUUAAGAGCUAUAAGAGAAGAAGAAAUUGCAGAUUUAGUAGCUGCAGGUGCACUUCAGACAGAUAGAGGGGCUAAUCAGACUUGCACUUUGCAACGGGCAGGGGCUACUCGUUGGGGUUCACAUCUUCGCUCUAUUUCAAGUUUGAUUAAAUUAUUUGGAGCUACCAAAACAACUCUUGCAGAUUUGGUUGGUAAUGGACCAAAUAAAGUACAAGGAGAAGCGAAGAGUGUAGGUAAGGCUAUGAAGCGUUUUGAUUUUGUGUUUUGCUUGAUUUUGAUGCAUGAUGUCAUGAGGAUUACUGACUUUCUUUGUCAGGCAUUGCAAAAAAAAGCCAUAGACAUCUUGAAUGCUCUAAAUUUUCUUUCAAUAACAAAAUCAAAACUUCAAGAUAUAAGAGAAGAUGGUUGGGAUGAUUUGAUUAUGAAGGUUGAAUCAUUUUGUUGUGAGCAUGAUAUUAGUAUGCCGGAUAUGUCUACUCCUUACAAGAAAGCUACAAGGGCUUGUGAACAAGUUAUUACAAAUGAGCAUUAUUAUCGGGUCAAUAUACUAAAUGUUGUGAUAGACUUUCAGUUGGCAGAGCUGGAUAGUAGAUUUACAGAUAAUUCAUUGGAGCUCCUUGUUCUUAGUGCUACAUUUGAUCCACGUGAUAAUUUUCGAUCAUUCAAAUCUGAAGAUGUUUGCAAUCUUGCUUUGAAGUUUUAUCCUCAAGAGUUUACAUCAUAUGAUAUGCUUGCUCUAGAUAUGGAGUGUGGGUUUUUUGUAACAGAUAUUCAUAAGGAUCCAAGAUUUGCCAAGACAACUUCUGUGUCUGAUUUAUGUAGGCGGUUAGUUGAAUCUAGAAAGUCAUCAUUCUUUCCUAUGAUUUAUAGGUUGAUUUGUCUUGUGUUGACUCUGCCAGUUUCUACAGCAACAACAGAGAGAGCAUUUUCAUCUAUGAAUAUCAUAAAAAACAAACUUCGAAAUAAGAUUGAAGAUGAGUUUCUUGAUGACUUGAUGAUUCUUUACAUUGAAAAGGAGUUCGCCGAUAUUAUUGAUAAUGAUUCUGUGAUUGCUGAGUUUGAAGUGAGUGGGCCUCGGAGAGUACGAUUCAGUUAG